AUGCUGCGCCCCGGCUGCCGCGGUGUGCGCGUGCCGGAGGCUGCAGCGCCCGAGCUGGACCUGGUCGGCGGCGCCGUGCGCCACACUCAGCGCACCGCCAACGACGGCGAGAACGCCAAGGCCUUCCGCCGCCUGGUGGCGCUGACGGCGAUGGACAGCAUGGGCUUUGCGCCCGACCUGUCCGUGUGGCGCAGCGAGGGCUUCGACCCGCGCGCUGUGCCGCUGAGCGGCUGCCAAGGGCUGGAGCGCGUCUACGUGAGCGAGCGCAUCACGGGCGCAGACGUGCGUGACAUCCUUGCCAUGCUGCGCGUCUGCGGUGACGGCCGUGGCGUGCAGCUGACGCGCGGCGUGGGUGACGCCGUGACGGCCGUGGCGGUGGACGGGUUUGAGCUGCACAUCGAGACUCAGGACGGCAUGGUCCACUGCAUCCACCCCCUGGGCAUUAACGUCACUGUGGGUGACGUGCUGAGGCUUGUGGAAGAAACGGCAGGCAUCCCCGUUCCUCAUCACCGCCUCAUUUUUGAUGGCAGGCCGUUGUUGGAAAGCGGCACGCUGGCUGAGUAUGGCAUCGAGACAGGGGACUCGCUGGGCCUGUUCCGGCACAUGACGGGCUGUUGA